AUGAAAACAAUAAAAAUAGCAGGUUUUUUUCUUACAUUUUUAAGCACAUUUUUAGCAAAAAGAUUGGCCGUAAGUAACAGUCUGAAUUUUGUAAAUAAUGCUCCAAAGCAACUUCAAAGACGAUCACCACAAAAAUUAAGAGCAACAGAGUAUAAGCUAGAUAAUAGAACAAUUAGAGGCCCACUUUCGCCAAUAAAUGAAUAUAUUUUAAUACAAAAGAAUGAUGCCUACGAUACAACCGAAGCAGGUGUCUUUAUUGGAGAUGCACUUAAAAAAAAUCAAUACGUCGGAAAAGUUUUAGCUGUUGGAACGGGAGUUGUUAACCCCAAAAAUGGUCAACGUGUGCCUAUAGACGUUGAAAUUGGCGAUUUGGUAAUUUUUAACCCAAGUGAUGGAAAUAAGCUGAAGUAUAAUGAUAAGGACUGUUUAUUAAUAUCAAACGAAGAAAUAUUGGGAAAAAUAAAUGACUCAUCCAUGGAAGUAAACCCAGAAAACAUUACACCAUUUUAUGAUCGUGUGCUAAUAAAGUUGGUAAAUCAAAAUAUAAAUUCUGACUCGUUAAUAAUUAUGCCUGAAUCACAAAAUAACGAAAAGUCAUGUGAUGGUUUAGUUGUAGCAACUGGAAGUGGAAAUUAUGAUGAACAUAAUAAUAAAAUACCAUUAGAUAUACGUAUAAAUGAUUAUAUUAAAUUUUCUCCUUUUUCAAACGAAAGUUGUGAAUUUACUUAUAAAAAUGAAAAAUAUACUUUUGUAAAAGCUAGAUAUAUUAUGGCAAAAUAUUAA